AUGGAAACAGAGGCUGAUGGAGAGGACUGUGGAGGAUCUGAACCAGACAGGAACUUAGAUCCACAUGGUCAUCUUCAACCAGAUACAGAUGAACUGGUCUCAGAGUCCUCCGAGACUGAAGACAGUGACGUUGAUUGGAAGGAAACCAGAGCACCUGAGUCAGGUUUGAAAAUUAAUAAGGUCCACGUUAGUGAUACAGGAUUUAAAACUAGUGAGAAGCCUUUCAGCUGCUCUGAGUGUGGGAAAAGAUUUACCACGAAGUGGGUUAUGCGGACACACAUGAGAGUGCAUACAGGAGAGAAACCGUUUGGUUGUAAUGAUUGUGGAAAAAGAUUUCACAGACAUGACUAUCUUAAGCUGCACAUCAGAUUCCAUACAGGAGAGAGACCAUGUGGUUGUGAUGUUUGUGGGAAAACAUUUAAGCGGCAGUCUGAACUUAAUGUCCACAAGAAAGUCCAUACAGAAGAGAAACCGUUUGAUUGUGAUGUUUGUGGGAAAAAAUUUAAGCAGCAGUCGGCAGUUAAACUCCACAUGAAAAUACAUACAGAAGAGAAACCGUUUGUUUGUGAUGUUUGUGGGAAAAGAUUUAAGGUAAAAGGGAACCUUGAGGUCCACAUGAGAGUCCAUACAGGAGAGAAGCCCUAUGCUUGUGAUGUUUGUGGAAAAACAUUUAAGCGGCAGACAGACCUUAAGGUGCACAUAAGAGUUCAUACAGGAGAGAAACCGUUUAGUUGCUGUUUGUGUGGCAAGCAAUUCAUAAGUUAUACAAACAGGCAAAAUCACUUGAAGAGAUGUAAAUGCAAACAUGUUACUGCGGGCAGCAGUAGUAACUGAAGCUGCAGAGUUGCUGGUUGAACUGAACUGGAA